GAUAUAUCUGGUGGAUCUAAUGAAUGGAAGGUGCAUGAACUACAUUGCAUUACAAAUAUUAUAAUAAUAGCUUUUGACAAUACAGCAUAAGUUCAACAAUACAUUUCUCGUGGAGCGGUUAGGUUUUGAGCACUGAAAAAAACAUGAAAUCAUCGCCAAGACACAGAGUAGAAGCAGAAAUAUCUGAGGAGCUGGAGGAUGCAACAAUGACCAAAACAAAUUUAAAAGGGGAUUGGAUAAACUUUUUUUUGUUAUUAUUACUGUACACAAUGCAAGGCUUGCCUUUAGGCAUAGCAGGGGCUAUGUCCGUACUAUUGCAAAGCAAGAAAAAUGUGACGUACAAAGAUCAGGCAGUAUACAGUAUAACAAGAUGGCCAUUUAGCUUGAAACUCUUAUGGGCACCUUUAGUAGACGCACUCUAUGUACAAAAAUUUGGAAGGCGAAAGUCUUGGCUAAUACCCGUUCAAUAUUCAAUCGGAGCGAUUUUAAUUUAUGCAGCCAGUGACAUUGAGAACUUGCUACCCGAAACUGGAAAACCAGACAUCACAAUGCUGGCGUACAUUUUCUUCAUGAUAAACUUUUUAGCCGCUACCCAGGAUAUAGCAGUGGACGGUUGGGCUCUUACAAUGCUGAAAAAGAAUAACGUAGGCUAUGCAUCUACUUGCAAUGCAUCAGGACAAACAAUAGGUUCUAUGAUAGGUUCCAUGGUACUCAUUCUGUUUACGUCUGAAGAGUUUUGUAAUAAAUACUUCCGCAGUGUGCCCGGCGUGGGAGGCAUAGUUUCUGUAAAAAACUUAUUAUACGGCUGGGGCAUACUAUUCAUAUUAAUAACAACAUUAGUUGGCUUAUUCAAAAAAGAAAAAGAUAAUUCAUUUGAGGACGAUAGUGAAAAAAUCAAAGUAGUUCAAAACUAUUUACUAUUAUGGGACAUAUUAAAGUUACCUAGUGUUCGAAUUCUGGCUAUAUUAAUGAUAACUUCAAAGAUUGGAUAUGCUGCAACUGACAAUGUGUCUACUUUAAAACUCAUGGACGCAGGUGUAUCAAAAGAAGACCUUUCAAUAAUAGAUUCAGUAAUGUCUGGAGUAAACAUUAUUACCCCAUUCAUUAUAGGGAAAUACACUUCAGGUCCAAAACCGAUGAGCUUAUUUUUGAAAAUCGUACCUUUCAGAUUACUUUUGAACAUUGGAUUUGUUAUGCAAAUUUAUUACACGCCCAAAAUGAUUACAUUUAAUGGAGAAAAUAAUUCAAUAUAUUACUACCCACUUCUCGUAUUGUUAUUAUCAAUACAACAAAUUCUGUCUCAAGUAAUGUUUGUAGCUAUAUUAGCUUUUUUUUCUCGGAUAAGUGAUCCUCGUUUCGGUUGUACUUAUAUGACGUUAUUGAAUACUCUUGCAAAUUUAGGAUAUAUGUGGACGUCUACUGCUGCACUGGGAAUGAUUGAUGUGUUGACGUUCGAAGAAUGUUCAUUGGAUUCUAUAAAUAACUGUUCUACAAUAGAUCUUCGAAAUAUGUGUAAAGCAAAUAAUGGAAAUUGUAUUGUAACAGUGAAUGGCUAUUACUUAGAAAUGCUUAUAUGCACCAUCAUUGGAAUUAUUUGGUAUUUUACUGUUAGAAAAACACUCAAAUCAUUUCAAACUAAGAAUCUUUCUCAUUGGCUGGUUAAAGUGAAGAGAACAGUAACAGGGAAUGAGUAA